AAAGCUCCCUCAGAGUGAUGACUACGACGCCAGCUGCGAGCUCAUCCUUCUUGACUCUGUGAUAAAUUCCCUACAAAAGUUCAGGGCCCUCGUGCCCAACCAGCAUCGCCAGGUGCUGGGCCCAGUCAUCACAAUGGUCGCUCGCCUGAGAGAAAUUCGCGGAUCCCAUGGUGACGUGAGCGAAGGAAAACUCAAGGAGGCUUUGCAAAAGCUAGAUACUGAAGGAGGCGUAUUGCCCGUUCAUGUUCGCUGUCAGAACGCCGCUGUCCUAAUGACGAGGAACGACAACGCAAUACAUGUGGAGGCAUUCGAGCUGUCUCCUCAAAACGAAGCUGUCAAUUCGACAGUGGGUCGCCUCCAGCGUCAGUUUCCUGGGCCGUCUUUUAUGUUGGACCGGGCCACAUUCAAUGCUCCGGGUCUGCAGAAUACCAUCGCACAGACACUCGCAACAAUGAGCCAUCAGUCCGUCGCUGGAACCAAGCCGAAGGUGAAGAAAGCUCGCCAAAAACACGAUGAAGAUAGGGAUACAACCGAUCCGAAGAUGGUGACAGAAUUCUUAGCGGCCUUCUUGCGUCCCUGCGCCGCCAUGUUCGACGGUCUGCAAAUCCAUAAGAAUACCCGUGAAGAGGUGCUGUGGCUCGAUAGCCGAUUUCCCUGGCGACGAUCCCCUUUGUGGCUCCUUGUCCGUGUGGCCCUUCAGGUGAUUCUUCGAAGGCUCUGUCGUCGCGAUGGGAUAUCUGAUGAUAUUUACAAGCACUACAUGGUGUACUACAUGAGUUCGGUUCUAAACGACUGCCUCAAGAAGACCAUGUCCGAUGAACAGCUUUAUCUUAUGAAUGCCAAAAUUGCCCGUCGGCUACAUAAGCUUGACUUGUCACACCUUCCUGCAUGGUUUCCGUUCGUUAAGAAUGCCCUUCAAGAAGUGAACGCUUCUAUCUUGAAAAGCUGGCGCGGCAUCAUGGCCCAGAGCGGUCCUCGACAUGACAAGGAUCGUCUGGCGAAAUUGAACUUUGGCAAGGAUAUUUACUGUUCACUGCCUGACCUUGAUAAGUGGCUUGAAGCUCUCGAUAAACGAGAACACUGCUCAAGCUCGGCUGAUUUCCAACCACGUACGGGACUCUUGGAAUUUGAAAAAACAGAGCUUCCAUUGUGUUUGAAGACCAGCGACCCUGACUACAAGCUCCUGAAUCUUGCAGCCUUUGAAGAUUGGGUUCGGUUCAAUCUUGACACUUGGCUCGAGGUACACCUCAGCGGCGAAGACACUUGCCAGCAGUUGGGCAAUCUGAUUAAGCAUUAUUAUAGUGUUGCAUCCCCACUUUACUCCCGUAACCCAGAAGCCAUAUCAGUUAUGCUCCUUACUAUCCUCGAAUUGUGGAUCGCUUGCGACAAAUCGGCAUUUAAUAUUCACCCACUACUUGGUGAUUAUGACAACUGCAUCCCGAUGGACAUGUUUGAGUCGCUUGUUUUGCCCUACCGAUCGCAGAUGGAGAGACUGGCUCGUGCAGAGGACUAUAUGAAUCAACGUCGACAGCGUCUUCGCUUUCCUGAGUCUUUCAUUUUUCAAGACUUUGGCACUCGGUCCGAAAUUGAAGACCUUGCCAGGUCUGAGAGGACGCAGAAACGACUUGAGCUGGGCAAAAAACAUCAAAGAUACAGGGAACUGUACGCACUCGCCGAUCAGCUGGAAUGCACGUAUUAUAAAGUCAUCCCUGACCCGCGCUUUGAUCUUACAGAAUCGCGCCACUGCCCUAACUGUCAACGAUGUGCGUACAAGACUGAAGCAGAAUCGAUCAAAAUAAAUAUCCAUGAAUGGCCCUUACCUACAAAUCCUUUGCAUGCAAAAACCACGGUGUUUGAGCUGAAUGUCCCUCGGCCUUUUGCAUCCUGGCGUGACACCACAAUAUUCUUCUUGCUCACCGUUUUGCGACUCGCUUAUUUUCCCAAGGAGCAACCGAGAGCCAGGAACCAACUGCAAACAUACAGUGGCCUCUCACCUUUUUUCACGCCUACUAAUAAUUCCCAGAGAGUUGGCCUUCUCUCGCAGGAUAAGCCUCACGAAACCACACAUAGACGGAGCAAGAGCAUUAUUGAUGUGACCGAGAAAGAUGUUUGCCUAGAGAACGGGUUGAAUUUCUGUUACUUCGAUCAGGAGACCAAUUGCUUUGUCACUCGCUUCAAGACCACGGAUGAAACUGCAUCCUCGUGCACUUACAAAGUGCCCCGAUCCAGCUCAACCCUGCAAAAGUUCCUAUUUCGACCAGCUUAUAGCAGAAACGGACCCUCACCUAACACUGUCAUUGCGUCACAGGACAUUUGCCCGCAUGACAUGUCACUAGAGGAGUAUAAGGCUCUUUGUUCAAUGCCACUUGGUGUGGAGAUUCAGUGGCAAAAUAUCUUACGGCAGUUGGCCAUGCCGUCUGUGGUAUUCAAAAAAGUCGAGACUUGCAUCUUCAUACUGCAGAUCAUCCGCCAAGCUGGGCCGCCAACCAAGGACUCGGUUCUGCGAGCAGGGCACGUUAUCUUAGACGAUGAUCUGUUCGCAACUGUACUGCUGGCCGAAAUCGCCAACGCGGCAGGUAGAAUCGAAGAGAACUGGGAGUCAGCGCAGGAGCUCAGCGCACUGAUCUUUCUCACACAGAGGGUUCUGUCCGUUUCGACUUCUACCCGGGUUCGAGAUCUAUGCCUGGCGCAGCUCUCAACUCUCCGUACUACCAGCUUCAAGUGGGCCACACUUGUCAGGGAGCAAGCCAGUUAUUCGGACACCGACGCGCAUCGAAAUGAUCUGAUUGCACGGAGCACUUCUCUAGCAUUGAUCUGUGCCAGCACCUUUGACAUCGAAAGUCCUGUUUUGGAGAAAGUCCUAGAGAUUGAGCGGAACGCCUCAGUUUGGAUUCAAUGUUGUAUGAUGAUCCACGACAGAAAAGGCCUUCUCGACAUGACACCCGGUUGCUUGCUUCAAAUUCUAUACUACCGUUGGCAAAUCGUCUCUUAUCGCUCCUACCGUGUCCUGGCAUUCAACGUGGUCCAUAAAAAGAAACUGGCGAUUGACCUUGCUAUCAAGGAGGCUUGGGCCGCGUACCAUUCAGAUUCCCCUUGGUCAGUUGCUCCUGGAGGCGGUAAUCACUGGCUAGUAACCGGUGAUCGCAGCCUGCUUGUCCAUUUCAAUCUGCUGACAGCUGAACUGCUCAUCAACGGCCGACCGUUGGCUCGUCUGCCCUCAGAAUACGAGAGCCACAAGACAUACAGAACUUUAUUUGGACAGUCUCCUGUUGAUGUAAUGCCCAGUGAGCUCCCGGGAAUGCAGUUCUCCGUCCAGAGAAAGCAUAUGGGCCAAACCAUACAUCUGGGAAAGAAAUCCAUGACUGGCUCGCAGAAUUUUGACAUCUGCGUUCGGGCAUUUAGCAAGGAACACCGGGUCCGAGAAUUUGUACCGGCCAGACUUCUCACUGGUGCCUUUCCAGAUGCCUUUGUUGAGGAUUAUGCGCACUGGUAUGAUCUUGACGGCGGGUACGUGGAGUUUUGCCCAGUGAAAGACCCCUGGCAGGCGUCAAGCGCCCACUGGCGCUUGCAACGAAAACACCCCGGACAAAACGGCUGGUGCCUUGUGAAAGGCGAGAUUUAUUUGGUUAACAUCAAGAGCCAGACGGCUGGGUCGCUUUUUAGCAUCUUACAACCCAUCGAAAGAGCCUCGAGACUGUAUUACAAGUUCCACACCUCAUCGUCCGCGUUAGAAAUCGACAUCCCCCGCCUCAGGUUGAGCUUCAGUCUCCAGUCAGGGCAUUCAUCGAUUCGAUCUCGCCAAUAUCGGGGCAUGAAGAUUGAUCCGGAUCAGUCACUGGGUACUCUGGUCGGCUUGCGCAGUAAACUCAUCCUUCUCCAUGAGAACGACCACAGCCGAAAGGUUCUCAUCCCAGAUGGCGCUGUAACAUGGGUAAAGGAUGGAGGACAUGUUGGUGUGAACAUUGGCUGGCAGGCUGUCUCUAAACUCCAUGUUUAUUCGGUGGAUAACCAACUUGGUCGCUUGGUUGACAACGGGAGUUUGCAAAGCAAGCUCAUGCUAUGCUACUUACAUGCUGUCACAUCCUUCUGCGUUCCCGAUGUAUUGACCAAGAAGACGGGUACUGAACAGUCUCUGUCUAUCCUUCGAUCAGCAUCGAUGCGGUCUUUCAACCAACUGACGCCGGAAAACAUUUCGAUUCUGGUUGAGCUUGCACGCCUGACCCCUGUGAGAAAGUACUAUCCGGCCAAUGAACGCGUGAUGCAAAGCGUUAAGUGGCAGAACCUGGGCUGUUUGGUGCACCAUGAUGACUUUCGUGAGCAGGUCCAGGCAAUAAUCGACCAGGACAGCCGGAUGAGGAUGUUCCACCCGCACUCCCAGUGGAAUCAACCCAUUCUGCCGGUUUCCGAUAAGAUUCUCCUGCAGCGUGAUCGGAUUAGAUCAUCGUCAUUCCGUACGUCUGGCUUCGGAGCCGAGGGCCAUACAUCCACCUUUGAUGAUCCAUAUACAGAACGUGGUCGAAACCACCAAUCAGAAGGAUUCUCCCGUGUGUUUACCUUGUGCAAAACCAUCCACGAGGGGACUCUGCAUUCAGCUCGAACAAUAACCGAUCAGGACCUGCUCUCGGAUAUCUGGUGCUUUCUCUGUCUGCCAGAAGCGGUUCAUGGUCCCGCCAUGGUGGUCGAGAAGGCGAAGGUCAAAUAUGACGCAACCUGGUUGUUAGAUCCAGUCGACUUUGUCUCGGCUCAUUGGUGCGGCAUUCAUCAGUUACUUGGCUCUGGAACUACUCGACCAAAUAAACACCAGGUGAUGAUCUGGCUCUCGGCAUUGGCGUUUUCCGAUAAAAUUCCAAUGGCUGUUUUGGAAACGUUUGCCGCCUUCUAUGUUAUACCGACCAUGGCCGCCUAUAGGCCGCCAUCCAGGCCCUCGUUUCAGCUAACCAAAGGGUAUGAACUGAACAAAAAUGUGCUCAAGUCCCAGAUACAGUCAGUCAUGCGCGAUCAGACGCCAGAGUCAUCAGAGCUUCCCAACCCUGGGGAGACGUAUCGCGCAUUCAAGUCGCGCAUAAAAUGUAAGGAACUUAGAAAUAGGGAACAGGCGCUCAACAAUUUUAUCGCGGGCUUGUGCACCCAAUGGCCAACGUCAACGCCCUCAGCUCCCAAUAGUCAAGGAAGUCCCAGAUUCGAGGAUUAUUACAAUUCACAGAAAGCCAUGGCCAUCGUACGCCAAAGCUUCUCGGAAUGGUAUGAUAAUGGAGAACUCCGAGGGUAUCUGACGAGGGUCGCUUCUGUGUUAUCUGGUCAACCUCUACAAAUUGUGGCCGUGCCCUCGCCGCCGUUUUCUACUCCAGCUCAACCUUCCCUGCGAAAACGCAGAUUUAUUUCAAUUGACAACGUGCUCGAUCAGUCUCUUGGCGCACCACCAGUGCUAGCGACAGAGUCGCCAGGCCUAGGGGACCUAUUGUAUGCUAGUCCCACAUCCGCGGAGCCCGCCCUACGUGUUCUACCACUGGUCAUGGCGUUGGGAUUGCAAGCAAGUUCCGAUUAUGAAAGCCAGUAUGUCGAAAAGCUCCGGGACAGCACCAAGUCACUGCAGGAACAAAGGCAUGCGGAUCAGAUUACCUUGCAUAGAUACGAGCUGGAAAAUGUCACCUGCGACUAUCUUCUGCGCUGUGAGACGCACUCCAGGGAGAUAUAUGACGCUAUACUUGCGAGAAUGACGCUUUCUAGUCCGGACCAAGAAAGCCUGGUUCAUCAUGCCACUUUGAAGAUAUUAACAAAUAUCAACAUGGCUCCGAGAUUUUCACCAGAACUCUUCCUCCAACAACUAACGCGAAAGAGGUGGAGUCAACUGCCCAUGGGAUGGAAAGCCUGCUUUGUCACCUAUGGGCUUUCUAUCACGGCCCUUCAGCGAGCAAAGCGGCUGGUUAGCUUGGUCGACCAUCGAGAAGAACUGGUCCGGGAGAUCCAGAACCCUGGUCACUCUAACUGGGAUCCAUACGAAUUCCCGGAGUCGCUAUUGCUAGAGAUUGAGAAUGGACUCCUGAUCAGGGACGUCCAGGAGCAAAUUGCCCGGCAGAUGCGGAACAUCCAGCCAAGGCAAAACGCCGUGAUGCAACUCAACAUGGGCGAGGGCAAGUCAUCGGUCAUUGUUCCUAUCGUAGCAGCCGCGCUUGCGGAUGGGUCGUGUCUGGUCCGUGUGCUUGUAGCAAAGCCACAAUCUCGCCAGAUGCUUCAAAUGCUAGUUUCCAAGCUUGGUGGACUGCUGGGACGCCGGGUAUACCACCUGCCUGUAUCACGCUCGCUCAGAAUAAGUGAGAGAGAAGCAUCAGAAAUGGAGCACAUGUGUUUGGAAUGCAUGGAAGAUGGGGGUGUUUUGCUGGUCCAGCCUGAACACAUCCUGUCAUUGAAGCUCAUGUGCCUCGAGUGCUUUGUCACCGGGAGAGAAGCAGUUGGCCGCUGUCUGCUGAGAACUCUUGAACUCUUUCGGACAUCCUCGCGCGAUGUGGUCGAUGAAAGUGAUGAAAACUUCAGUGUCAAGUUUGAGUUGAUCUAUACCAUGGGUUCUCAACGCGCCUUAGAGCUCAGUCCGCAAAGAUGGACCCUGAUCCAACAGCUACUUGGUUUAGUGCGAAGGUAUGCCCCAGCUCUCAAAUCCAAAUUCCCUCAAUCAAUUGAGAUUUAUGAGCAACGACCGGGGAGCUUCCCUCGAAUACGACUACUCCACAAAAAGGCGGCGCUUGAACUUUUCAAACUGGUUGCCGACCACAUAUGCAACAACGGCAUUGACUCGUUGCCUAUAUCCAGGCAGCCAGAGGCCACGAGAAGGGCCAUUCUCUCCUACUUUCUCAAUCUCGAUCUAUCAGCCCAGGAGAUUGCUGCGGUUGAAGAUGACAGCGCGACUAGUUUUUGGACCGCCAGCACCAAGGAUCCCCUUCUUCUGUUAAGGGGCCUCCUUGCUUGUGGCGUUCUAGAUUACUGCCUCAGCCAGAAACGAUGGAGGGUUAACUAUGGGCCUGAUAACUCCAGAAACCCUCCGACAAGACUUUCUGUUCCAUACCGCGCUAAGGACAACCCAGCGCCACAGUCUGAAUUCAGCCAUCCUGAUGUUGUUGUCGUAUUGACAUGCCUCAGCUACUACUACGCUGGUCUCAGCGAUGACGACCUAGUUGCAGCCUUUCACCAUUUACUCAAAUCCGACCAGGCCGACACAGAGUACCAAGCAUGGAUAGAUGAUGCACCAGAUCUGUCGUACGCAUACCGCCAGUUGGGCGGGAUAAAUCUCCAAGACCGACAUCACUGUAUCGAACAUGUUUUCCCGAACCUGCAGUUUUCCAAGGGAGCCAUUGACUAUUUCCUCUCUCAUCUUGUUUUUCCCAAGGAGAUGAAAGAGUUCCCAAACAAGCUAUCCGCGUCGGGCUGGGAUAUUGGCGAGAUCAAAAGACAUCCAACUGCAGGCUUCAGUGGAACGAACGAUUCCCGGGUCACGCUUCCCUUAAGUGUAACACAACUCGACCUCCCCGAGCAGAUUCACACCAAUGCUCUGGUGCUCGAAUACCUCCUCCGGCCGGAGAACUCAAUUGUCCAUAUCCCAGUGCGCAAUUCAAGACUGGCCAAAUCAGACGCGGAGGCCCUGCUCGACCUGGUUGUGAGUUUGGAUCCACCCACGCAGGUUGUUCUUGACGUGGGCGCCCAGAUUCUGGAACUGACCAACCUGGAAGUUGCUAAGACCUGGUUGAGAAUGGUCCCUGACGAGGGACGGGCGCAAGCCGUCGUUUAUGUCAGUGACGGCGACGAGAUCUGUGUUGUUGACCGGACCGGGCUUGUCGAACCACUACAAAUCUCACCAUUUGCAAAGCAGCUGGGGGCGUGCCUUGUCUUCCUAGACGAGGCCCAUACAAGAGGUAUUGACUUGAAACUGCCUCAGCACUACAGAGCUGCUGUAACGCUUGGAGCUGGUAUAACAAAAGAUAAGCUGGUGCAAGCAUGCAUGAGAAUGAGGAAAUUGGGAAAAGGGCAGUCUGUUGUCUUCUGCGUCCCUGAGGAGAUAAGGUCAAAGAUCCUCUCCAUCAUUGGGAAGCCCAGUGGGUAUGACAUCGACGUAUCGGAAGUGCUCCGCUGGGCGGUCUCGGAGACGUGGGCCGACAUGCAACGUAGUAUACCGUUGUGGGCGAUUCAGGGAGAACGUUUUGAGCGCCAAAACAAUCUCUGGAGCAAGGCUCGCCGUGGUGGUGAGAUUCAGAUGUCCAAAAACCAAGCGGAGGAAUUCCUCGAGCAGGAAUCUCAAUCUCUCGAGCAGCGAUAUCGGCCCUGUCCUGACAACAACGCACCGCCUUUUAUCACAUCCGAUAACGACGACAACGACAACAUCCGCCUUAUCUUGGAGAGGUGUCGCGAGUUUGAGAACAUAAACUUCAAAUCUACACAACUCCAAGAAGAACAGGAAAGACAACUCGCGCCGGAAGUCGAGCAGGAGCGACAAGUCCAACGGCCACCUUCAGCCACACCUGAGGAUCAUUCUGUUCACCCAGACUUGCGUCGUUUUGUGACAACUGGAAUACUAAAGGAUGGAUCAAACGCAGUCAUGCCCGCCUUCCAGGGGCUAGAUAAUACAUCGGCGGCAAAGCACUUGAAUGUGUCUGAGUUCCCCCCCGGCCUCCUUGUCACCAGUGAUUUCGCUAGAACCGUUAAGGUGCCCAAGUUGCCGUCAUCGACCAUGGACGGCUACCAACGCCCCGUCCAAUGGGUCAUCACGGGUACCGCCCAUUCUUUCGCCGGACGGAACAGAAAAAUCGUGAAGCACAUGAUAGUCAUAAGCCCUUAUGAAGCGAACGAACUCCUCUCCGCGAUCCUGAAGUCCAAGAAGGUCACGAUGCACAUAUACGCGCCGCGCCAGAACCGAAUCUUCUCAGCCCUCGACAACCUCGGCCUCUAUCCCAUACCGCGGGCGGAUUCUGUUGUUUUUGACAUUCCAACCGCUCUCAGAAUCCAGCUAAAUCUAUUCGCGGGUCAACUCUAUAUCUCCUCUUUCGACGAGUAUCGUGAGAUAUGCGAGUUUCUUGGAGUCGCAUACUACGCUGCACCAGAGGGUCUGACCGUGGCCGCGGACGGGUUCAUAGUCGCACCUGACAGAGCAAUUUUCACAAAAAGUCCACUUAAGUUCUUGAAGGUCCUCAUGUCACAAAUUAGAAAGGAUGGGCAGGAAAUUGAUAAAACACACAUUGGGAAACUGUUGGAUGGGAAGUUGUUGACCAUGGAUGAUUUUGAAGAUGGAGAUAAUUAGAGGAGGUCUCAGUUGUGUCUCCGCCACAUAUUUUAUGAUAGCUUUGAGUACUACUCAGGUUCUUUGUCUAAUUCACAUAUUCUACAAUAUAUUGCUGGACCAU